AUGCAUUUUAACCUGCAGAAGCAGUUGGGACUGAGUUCCCUCUGCUCCUCGCUCUUAUCAUUUCUUUGCAGCAAUGACCAGGCCCAAGUCGCCUUUCACCCAGCUCGGCCACCAUCGUACCCGUUGGCGGUUCGUAACCCAUACUUAUCGACAUGGAUGCCGGCAGACCGAGUCGAUCGGCUUCCCUAUGCUGAAUCCCAGUUCUGGGCAGGCCAGGAUCUUGGUUGGUCUGUGAUGGUGCGCAUCGAUGGCCAAGUGUAUAGUUUGAUGGGCGUCUCCGACCUGGACGCCAGCUCGAUACUCCCAGCAACCGUGCGACGCGCCGAGUUCACAUCAAGCCAUUCGCUCUUUGAUCUUAUGGCUGGACCAGUGUCACUCACUCUGGACUUCUUCUCCCCGGUUUCGCCAUCGAAUUAUUUACGACAAUCGCUCCCCUUCAGCUAUUUGACCGUGCAAGUUAACCAUGUAUGGGGACGUGAUAUUCAGAUCUACUCGGACAUUGAUGGGAGGUGGACUGGCCGGGAACAUCGCUCAGUCCACGACUUCGAAGAACAUGGCAAACUGCUGUUCCACACCCUGUCAGUUGAGGAUGCCCCACGAUAUGCAGAAGAUCGCGACAUGGCUCUGUGGGGGCAUGCUAUUCUUGCCUCUCGUGCGGAAGGCUCACGAAACCUCUCAGCACUUGCGGGACCUCCUCAGGUCGUCCGUGCUGCCUUUGCGACGAAUGGCAACCUGCAUGAAGAGGAAUCCGCGUGGUCCGCGCAAAGUGUUGUAGCUCUUGCACAUGACUUGGGGAAUAUCGUCGGUGGCGCCUCUGUAACCUUUGCUGUCGGUUAUGAGAGAGAGGAAGCGAUCAAUUACCUCGGCGAUGCAUACACUGGUUUCUAUCGAUCGGAAUAUCCUACAACUCACGAAGCACUCUCAUUCUUCUUGGAAGACUUUGAGGAGGCUCGACUGGAAUCUUGGAGACUGGAUGAUGAACUCUCGGCUUUUGCCACCGCCGCUGCCGGUCCUAAGUAUGCAGAUAUUGUGGCUUUGUCAACUCGUCAAGCAUAUGGAGGCAUCGACUUGACAAUUCCCAACAGUUCACUCGACACUGAUCGGGCGCUGGCUUUCAUCAAAGAGCUUUCUAGUGACGGAAACGUGAAUACAAUCGACAUUAUUAUGCCAGCCUUCCCAAUAUACUGGGUGAUGGAUCCUGAUUGGAUUCGCCUCUUGCUGGAGCCCGUGAUGCUGUACCUGGAUGCUGGUCGGUGGAAACUCCCCUAUACCAUUCACGACCUUGGAUCUCAUUAUCCUCAUGCCAUCGGUCAUGAUGAUCAGCGAGCAGAGCCCAUGCCCAUUGAAGAAUGUGGGAACCUGCUCAUUCUGGCACUUGCGUAUGUUCGUGCCACGGGUGACGAAAGCUGGAUCAACCAGUACAUGGGUGUAUUCCAAAAAUAUGCCGACUAUCUGGUCAAAAAUAGCAUCGAUAUUGCCGAGCAGCUCUCGUCCAACGAUGCCGCUGGUCCCCUAGCAAAUGAGACAAACCUAGCCAUCAAGGCGGCUAUUGGCAUCAAGGCAUAUGGAGAGCUGAGCGGAGAUCAGAAGUAUUCUCAGAUUGGUGAUGAUCAUGCAGAUAUCUUCUUCCGACAAGGAUUGGGCACAGACGAGCGCCACACUCAUUUUGUGCUGGAAUACCCUGACAUGCCAAAUACAUGGAAGAUUCCAUACAAUCUCUACCCAGACGUGCUACUGGGUCUAGAGACAUUCCCUAGAGAAGCAUACUCAAUGGGGAGUCAGUUUUUCUCGACCGUCCGCGGGGAAUAUGGCGUGGCAUUGGAUAACAGACAAGACUGGGCUAAGUCCGAUUGGAAUAUGUGGCUGGCAGGUACUUUUGAAAUAAGUACACGCGACGAGUUUGUCGAUGACCUGUGGGCAUUUAUGACCAAUGGAAAACAUAACUGGCCCUUCUCAGAUCGCUACGUUUCUACCUCUGCGCAUGGCAGUGAGCCGGGCGUUCCAGUUCUAUGUCGUGCUCGUCCAACUGUUGGUGGUCAUUUUGCAUUACUGGCGUUGAAGGGUCCUAAUUCUCUUCCAUCGAUAUCGACCCACAAAGCUUACGGUACUGGUGGGUCAAGAUAUGAUAGGUUCAUGGAUCCUGCUGGUGAGCUGUAA